UCUCUCUCUCUCUUGCUCUCUCGACUUACUAACACAAAAUGAACUGGCUACUUCCACUUCCACUCCACACACAUUUUUCAGAAAUAUUGAAGAACUUUGAAAAUAUUCUUGUUUCUCUCAGGUUUCUUCGGGUGAACAUGGAGAAAGUCAGCUGGGUGUACAGACUCCGGGGGAGGAGACGGACUCUGGAGACUGUAGCUCUGAUCAUUAUAAACUUUCUGUGUUUGCUCCUGAUCGCGAACACCCUCAUGCCAGAAAAGUGCGAAAAAAUCACAUCACCGAAGAUGAUUCGUGAGGCCCAGCCUCUGGAGACGACUCCUACGUGCAAACAAAACAUGUCUGCUGCCAAUAUUGAGGGAUUUUAUAGCUUGCCUACUUACAUCCAAGACUUCCUGUACUACCGCCACUGUCGGAAUUUUCCAAUGCUGCUCACUGUUCCUAACAAGUGCAACCUUCCAAAGGGGUCAAAAGAACCUUUUCUUCUGCUGGCCAUCAAAAGUUCACCGAAGAACUACGAACGACGGGCAGUUUUGCGCAAAACGUGGGCAUCAGAAAGACUACAGAACGGGGUGUGGAUCCGCACCGUGUUCCUGGCCGGCACCAACGGGGUUGGCUUUGAGAAGCGGAGGUUAAAUAAACUCCUGGAGCUGGAGAACAAGAGGCACCAGGACAUCCUGCAGUGGGACUUCAUGGAUACCUUCUACAACCUCACGCUCAAGCAGGUCCUGUUUAUGGACUGGAUGCAGAAGUGGUGUCCCACUGCAGAUUUCUUCUUGAAUGGAGAUGAUGACAUUUUCGCCAACACAGACAACAUGGUGGAUUUCCUCAAAGGGCAAGACGAUAACGACGGAAGCAAACACCUGUACAUUGGCCAGCUACUCUUGGACAGCAUACCUAUCCGGGACAACACCAGUAAAUAUUUCAUCCCAGAACAGAUCGAGAAAGGCGACCUAUAUGCUCCAUACUGCAGCGGAGGUGGCUACUUGUACUCCCGUUUCACUGCCAGGGCCAUUCUCCAAAUGUCCCAGUCCAUCACCCUGAUGCCCAUCGAUGACGUUUACAUGGGCAUGUGUCUGAAACAAGCCGGACUCCAACCCAGAGACCACCAGGGAGUCUGGGCUGAUGGCCUCAUCAUUCCUUCCAACAAACUGGACAUUUACGAUCCCUGCCAUUACCGUGAGAUUAUCCUCGGCCACAAAUUCAGCCCUCAUCAGAUUUUUCUGCUAUGGAAUGAAAUCCAUCGGAAAGAUCUGGACUGCGCAAAGAAAGAGACAAGUUUAUAGUGACAAACUGAGCACCAGAAGCUGAAUUUUCAGCCAGUUUAUUUAUUGUACAGACUUUAAUCUGAGCAACUCCGGUUGGUCAGGUCCUGUCAUACCUGAAUGAAUAUGAAGAGCUGGAAUCUUUAUACAAUAUUAAGCUUGAAGAAUGUCACACAUUCUGUUUUUCUUUUGUUUUCUCUCUGUAUGUUGUUGGGUAACUGCAUCCCCAUGUGUGUGUAUAAUUUUGUAUUGUUGUAUUGUCUUAUCUGAAGAAUUAAAGGUUAU